AUGGCACAAACCACACUCCGGAUAGCCAAAAGAGCUGCACAAAUAGCUUCAACACCCGCCUCCUCUCUCCGUCAAUUCCCUCCAAAAGAAGCUAUUUUCAAUGCCACGCAACCCACUACUGUGAACACUUUCUCUCCAGAAGUAUGGGCUAACCUCCAAAAACCUCCCGUCUCGACGUUAUCUGCGUUCGUUCAUCGAAUAGGGUUGUCCAAAAUCGUACAUGACCCAGACGAGAUCUUACAUGCUUGCACGCAUUCUUCUUAUCCAGCGUUUUACGCUGCGCAUAACCCAACCGAAAGGCCGUUACGUUCGAAUAUGAAUUUGAGUACGCUAGGGAAUUCGUUAUUGGGGAUGUUCGCGACGGAGUAUUUGCAUGCUUCGUAUCCGCAUUUACCGACGAGAGUUAUGAAAGCUGCUGUUAGUGCGUAUGUGGGACCUGGGACGUGUGCGAGUGUUGCGAAGGAGAUGGGGGCUACGCCUUUGUUGAGGUGGAAUCGACCAGUGCACAACUCACUACCCCACCCAACAACCCUCAACGACGCACUAGCAACCAUCCCUCGCGCACUAACAGCCCUAGUCUACCAACGUCGUUCCCUCCCCCUCGCACGAAAAUUCGUACACUCCUACUUCCUCUCUCGAGACCUCGACCUUCGUCCACUCAUCAAGUUCCGGGACCCUAAAAUGGCGUUAGCGAGAACUGUGAGCAAGUUCCAGCGUGAACGACCGAUAAGUAGGUUGUUGAAAGAGACGGGAAGGUUGAGUAAUUCACCGGUUUUUGUUGUGGGGAUUUAUUCGGGGGAUGAGAAGCUUGGAGAAGGGUUUGGGAGUUCGUUGAAGAUGGCUGAGUAUAGGGCAGCAGAAGACUCAUUACAUCGACUAUAUCUCACUCGGACACCUGUUGACUUAUUAUCCCUUCCAACAGACACUUUCGCAUCUCAACAGGGUUCUGUGUUUGACGCAGGCGAGGAUAAGAAUGCUAAGUAUGUGCCAGGGGAUAUUGGAGAGUUGGAAGUCAUUUAUGCUAGUAAAGAUCGGUAG